AUGAUCUCCGUCCCGAAGCACAUGCUGGAGGACCCGCCCGAGCAGGCGGGCGACCGCGAAGGACGCGGCGCGGGUGUGGCCUCUGCAGCCGCCGCCGCGGCGUGGGAGGCCGUGGCCGCGUUGCCCCUCGUCAGGUCGACGGCCUCGUUCUUCGCCGCCACGCGGGCCGCAGACCCCUCCGCCUCCCAGGACGUGAUGGUGCUCACGGCGCCCCCGCAGACCGCGCCGGGGCCGGGCGACCGCCUCCGCCUCGAGCUCCGGAGAGCCCCGCGCGGCCAGCUCGCCGCCCGGCCCGAGAUCGGCGCCCUGACCGCGGAGGCCUUCCUGCUCACCGUGGAGGCGCCCGGGGGCCUCCCCGUCGGGUCCAUCCGCGUGCAGCAGUACGUGUCCCAGAAAGGCGCGCCCAGGACGCCCGCGCAGCUGGUGGACUUGCUGAGCAAGCCAGGCCGGGAGGAGCUCCUCGGGAUGUACUCGGAGGACACCGCCGAGUUCACCGUGCCGGUGGCGGCGGCCGCCGGCGACGAGGGCCUCGAGCUGCGACACGUGGCAGGGCUGGCGCUGCCCACGGCGUGA